AUGGGUUGCACUGUGAGCUUAUCGAACGACGAAGAAGAUCAAACAUUUCUCCAACAGCGUCUCAUUUCGGAGGCGAUCGACCGCUCUUUGCAUGUCCGUAACGAGAGUCAGAAGAAGGUGGUGAAGAUGUUCCUUUUAGGUGCUGGAGAAUCAGGAAAGUCGACCGUUCUCAAGCAGAUGAGACUUCUACACCACCACUCGUUCACCGACUUUGAACGACGUCAGUACACUGACGUGAUCUGGAUGGAUCUUAUAGAAUCAAUGAAGAAAUUGAUCUUCAAUGCCCGCAAACUUCGUAUCCCGUUGGAUUCGGACCAACCCGGCUCGCCGCUAACAGCUUACAAACGAGUCAUUGUCAAUGCCUCCGGGGCGGAUAACGGCUCCGCUGCCAACUCCAUUACGGAGAAGUUCGUCAUUGGCUACAAGAAUGUGUCGAAGAAGGAGCAGACAGACCUUCUAGGAACCGGGUAUGUUUCCGAUACAACAGACACGGAGUCCAAUAUAUCGUAUCAAGACAGAAAAAGCUACACCAACAAGGAAAUUGCCGAGGCCAUCUCUCAGCUCUGGAAGCAUGAUGAUGGUGUGCGUCGCUGUUUUGAACGGGCAAACGAGUUCCAGCUUGAGUCCUCUGCCGCAUACUACUUUGACAACGUCUUCAAGUUCUCGAACCCACUGUACCGUUGUCUGGACCAGGACGUCAUCAUGGGUAGGAUCAAAACCACGGGCAUUACCGAGAAUGAUUUCAACAUCAAAAACAUGACGUUCCGUGUUUUGGACGCUGGUGGACAGCGUUCGGAGAGAAAAAAGUGGAUUCACUGUUUCCAGGAUAUCGAUGCUGUUUUGUUCGUGUUGGCGGUGAGCGAAUAUGACCAAACGCUUUAUGAAGACGAGAGGGUCAAUCGUAUGCAAGAGUCUCUCAUGCUUUUUGAAGCUCUUUGCAAUUCCAGAUGGUUUAAGAAUACGCCGUUCAUUUUGUUUCUCAACAAGGUAGAUUUGCUUGAAGAAAAGCUUACAAGGUCGCCUAUCAAUCAGUAUUUCAAGGACUACGAAGGAGACCCCACCCUGGUCAACGAGGUACUCGAUUAUUUCGAAGGCCUUUUGCUCAAGUUGAAUCGGACACUGAAGUCAAUCUACGUGCACAGAACGUGUGCCACAGACACCAAAGCAAUGGGGUUUGUGCUUUCUGCCGCUACGGAUGUGGUGAUACAGCAAAACUUGCGGGAAAGUGGACUCAUAUAA